GGAGUAAAUGUACGGGCGGAUUUGAAAGUAUAUUGCGCUUUCUUGUGUAAUCGAGUCUGAACGUCACUUAAAAUGAGUACUGGAGUAAAAUGCCACAGGUCAUGCAUCGAAGCAUUUGAAUGCUUGAAGCGUUAUAAGAAGCACCGAUACAUCCUCUUCCAUAUUGAAGAUGAUAAAGAAAUAAAAGUCCUUUGUCAAGCUGAUAGAAGUAAUCACCAAUUAAUUUCUUUACUGGUAGCGGAAACGUAUCAUAAUUUCAAGGAUAGUUUAUUAAAAAAGAUGGAUGAAGGUGAAGGAUGUUAUGCAGUUUAUGAUUACGAAGCCGAAGGAAAACUACCUACUCUAAUAUUCGUUUCAUGGUACGUCUGUUUGUGCCAUAGUUACAUAUGUUUAGGGUUCCGUCUACACUGGAUGUUAAAAAGAGAAUGAUAUAUGCUGCUUCAAAAAGUGUAUUAAAAUCGAGUUUGAUUGGUAUUAAACACGAAGUUGAGGCAAAUGAUGUGGACGAAAUCGAGGAGGAAGAACUGCGCAAGAAAGCUUCAUAACUGUUCAUCUUAGUUGUAUGUUUCGAAAAUUCACAUGGAUUUUCUCAUUUGCGGGUUAGUGCAUUUUCAGAGACCUCUCACUCGUCAGACUUGUAUUUUCAUUUCUAAUUUUGGUGAUAGUCUGUCAUACACAUCCGUUUUUCAAUCCUUUGGUCCAAUGUACGCUUCUAAUAUAUGUAAACUCCGAAAUUCAGCUCCAUCGCCCCGUGCAUUAUAAAUAUUUAUGCUUAGUUGAUUGAACCUUAUUUAUUCUAAUUCUUUCUCCUACCUGGUCUAUUAAAGUCUUAAUUGUUAAAUUUCUAAAGACUCUAACUCCAGAAGUUUAAUACCAUCAAGUUAAUAUUAGAGCUGAUACUUGUUUUUUACGCAUGUCUAAUGAUUGUACCAUUAAUUUUUGGUCAUAAAGUGAUCUCCGUGUUCUGAUUCACACUUUUCUGUGGUAUCUCUGGAGUAGAAAAUACUCCUGAAUGUGUUGAUGAAGCUCUCAAUCUCGUAUUUUUUUUUACCUGUAUAGUAAUAUUGCGAAACACUUUUUGGUCAGUGAUUAUCUGAAUAAGAUAGGAGUCGUCAUAUAUUUAUCUAUGGUUUGGUUUUUCGGGAAGCAAAUCACUUAUUUUCGUUGCUAUUGGUAUUCUAGAUUGUAAAGGUCUGUAUCAACCACAUGAUAAUUUGACUAGUACUAUUUGUCAUUUUACUAACUCUGAACUGAUGACAUUAGAUACGAGACACAAGAAGCGCUUAGUUCACGUGCUGGCCCUGAAAAUUUCAACAAAUUUACUUGUCUUACGAGCGUUAUAAAUUUUGAAUGAGACUGGAUUUUACAUCUUGGGACUGUCGUUUUUCUGAAUACACGUUGCACAUGGCAAACUCGUAUAUGAUGAAUGUUUUUCGAAUCAUUACUAAUCAUAAUUUAAAGCUACUGUGGUUCGUCAAACUUUAUAAUUUUUCGUAUGAUCUUAUUGAUUGUACCGUGACAUCGUUUCUUACAAAGCUAGCCCUAUUUUAGUAACUAUUACCUAGAAUAACCGUUUGUCAUUGUCUGUCCGUCUUUUCUAAUCUUCCUUGAAACCUCAUGGAAUUUUCGCAUUUUUCGAGUUACUAAUGUAACACGAUUAUUCUUCUGCAAAACUAUUGAACAAGGUAAAAUUGUUUGGCAAGCGACAAGCUUAAGUCAUUUGAUUGUAAAUAUGUAACAGAAAUUAUACCUUAGGUACUCCAUAUGUUGUUUUUAAUCUUUUCAUCCUGCAGUAAUGAAAGAUAGAUGUUUGGUUGCAUACAUUAUGACAGAUCUCUGCAUAAGAAUUUAGGCCUGACUAUCUCUGUGAUAUAAACACAAAUUCAUUUUUAAUCGUCCUCGUUUCUGGUUGUAAUUAAGUUCUCUUACCUAGUUAAUUUAAACAAUUUCUUCUUACUGUUCUUAUUACGGGUGAUAGUAAGAAUACACUGACUUGUAUCAUUAAAAUGUAAGAGCUGUAUUGAUCUGCUUUUCUUGUUAUUCCCACUAAUAUUUAAUGUUUUAUUCUAAUAAUUACCAUUAAGGAGUUCAGGCGUUUCAAAUAUGAUUACGUUAAGCUAGUGAAAUUACCUGUUUUAUUGUAGAACUCUUUAAUCAUGAUAAUCAUUCAAGUAUUGACUGAAACUUACGUAUCAUAGUAUUCUUGUCUAAGGGUUUUUAUUGGUUCAUAUUCCAAUUUUCUUCACAAUCUUGAGUGUGAUGAAUUUAUAUUUACGCUUAAACUUAAUUCACAAUUAGUUUGAAUUCACUACUAACCUUUUUUUAAGAUAAGCGAAAUCAUAUUUAUACGAAAAAAUGUAGAUAACAGUUUAUGAUUCACUAAAAUGCUUUUUCUUAGCAAUCAAACUGGCGUUAAUUUAACCUGAAGCAAUUUUAGAAUUGUAAUGCAAAGAUGUACUGUCAUGUGAAGUUUUCAAAUGUGUCACAAUGUGAUCUUACCAUAUUAACUUUAGUCUUCAAUUUUAACUCGUGAUUCUAACUAAAAAAUUUUUCAAGAAAUUAAUGUUUUACGAAUGAUUUUACAAACUUUGUUCAUUUCAUUUCCUCCAGUUUCUUGUAUUAUGAGUUAAACUGCAGUUCAAUGGAGUAUUUUUAAAAUUCAUUGUCGACUAAUUUGAAAAAAAUCUGGUCUAAUUAAUCACUGACGCUGUUAAGCAGUAGUUUAAAUAUCUACUUUAUAAAAUUCGCCAUCCUAUACUUCAAUAAGCAAGUUAUGUAAUGUAUGAGUUUCGUUAAAUUAACAAUUUUUUAUUGUUUUCGUAAUCAAAGAAAGACCAAACCAAAGGUGUUUGUCUACUUGGGAUCGAGAAGUAGACCAGUCAUGUGACGCUUUUAAAUUUGUUUUAUUGUUUGCCAGCCAAACUCUUGACGAGGAUUUUAUUUUGCAACUAAAUGAGACAAAUUUGACUGACAUUCCAUUACAAUGACACAACAAUAACUUGUUUACCUUAGUAACACUGUAAGUUAUUACUUUUACAUACCACAAAAGAGAAGUAAUUAUUUUCGUUUUUGUCUUCGGGGUGCUUUUAACCUGAUGUCACUAUGCAAAAAUUAUUUGAAAAAGUAGAUGAUUGUCCUGAAUAGAUAAUCUCAGUAACGACUUUGUAAUUAUUUAUCAAUACAUCUGUAUAUCUUCAGAAAGUGGAGAUACUAAGUUUACCAGGAGUCUUGUAUCUUGUAUAAUAGGUAAUCCUCAUUGUUAGAUUUAUUAAAUAUUUCAAAAUAUUAGUCUGACAGACAGUACUCGGCCAUUUCUGCUACCCCGUCUUCAAUUUCUAUUAUUCCUACUACAUUGACUAUCAACCUUAUACUUCCCCCUCAAGUGUCACUAUGGCCAACGAUUCUAGUGUGCCGAAUACUAUCCCAAGUCUACUAAAACUCCUCCAAACUGCACAUUGGUGCCUUCGCCGUACUUACCUUAUGUGAAAUCAACCGGCAGACCUCAUUGUUUAAGACCCUAGAGUCUGGUACGAUUGAUGUAUGCUGUGUUCCCGAAACACGCACACAGGAUCCUAGUGUAGUCAUUCACUUGACUUCAUCUAGUCAAAACGGGAAGCCGACGAGAUAUACACUCUAUUUAUCUGGCGAUCCGACGGCAAGUUCUUGUGGGCUGGCGGGUGUAGGCAUAGCACUAAAUAUGAGUGCACAGCAAUCACUUUUGCAAUAGAUCCCUGUUAACAGUCGCCUAUGUUCUGUUCGGCUAAAUGGCUCCGUAAGAACCCUAAAGGAUAGGAACACACGUUGUUGCCAUUUCGUCAUUUGUGCCUACACUCCCACUGCAGCGCGGAUGAAGUGUAAGAUGAAUUUUACAGAAAGCUUCCAGAACUUCAAAAAGCUAAAUAUUCAGACAUAGUACUCGUGGCAAGUGACUUUCGUGCUCAAAUAGGUAGCUUAAACCAAACAGAAAGACAUUUGGGUGGAUAGUUUGCUAUUCCGCUUUAAUGAACAGAUAAUGGUGACCAUCUGUUGCAAGUGUGCUAAGACAAUCGUUUAUUUUUAGCAAGCACAUAAGGAGACAUCGUCUAACAUGGUAACCUCCUGCACCAAACCAACGAUGGACUCAUAUUGACAUCAGUCAUCGUUGGAGAGGCUCUACAGAAGACUGCCGCAUGUUCUGGGAUGCAUGUUUAGACUCUGAUUCUUCUCUAAUACAAGCACACAUCCCUUUGCUGCACCUCACUGGACGUUCAAAAGUCACAUUGAGAAGACCCAUUAGAGUUGCACUCAGUGACGAGAAAACCAAGAUUAGAUUCCAGGAACAACUGAGGUCACACUAAGCCAAUUUUGAAAACGAAACUGACCACGGUGUUGCUUUGAAAGAUAUACAGACAGCUUCGGAAACAGCAGCUACAUCUGUAGGUGAUUUGAACCAAAGGGCUACGAAAAACCAGUGGAGUUUUGCGACAUCUAUUGCACUGAAAGGAUCGUAAACUUAUCCUAUCGGGAUCCGAACACGAUGAAGAGUGAAAGCAAAUCCGACCUAGGUUAAUCAGGAGUCUAAGGAACGAUCGUGAAUAGUGAUGGGCAAUGAAAGCGAAAGAGAUGGAAAAGGCAGCGAUUGUAGGUAACACAAGACAGCUUUUCAGACUAAUAAAAGAAACUGAAAUUAAGAAGUCCAAUGAGACAAUCUCGGAAAAAAGACGGCACUUAUCUGCUCGCAGUCCAGACCUUUAGAACUAUGGGCGGAACAUCUUAAGGAGCAGUUCAGCUACUCAUCAUUUCCAAAUAGCCUGAAUAGAACAUUGAAAUAGGCCCCCGACUCUAGUUGAAGUUCGAAAAGUUAUGGCUAAUCAGAUAUGAGGAAGAGCAGAUGUAUCGGCUCCAGAGGUCUUUAAGUAUGGUGGUUCAAUUUUAACGAUUAGGUUGAUUAAUAUUUUAGCUGAAAUCUGGGAGUUGGACGUAAUCCAAUCUGACUGGUCACAAUCACUUAUCGUCCCAAUAUAUAAGAGAGGGUCUAAAUCAUCCUGUGACAACCAUAGAGGGAUUAGUUUGACUAAUAUAGUAUCUAAAAUACUAGCCUCGAUGAUCAUCGGACGCCUAACUAAGACUUGUGAACUGCAAACACGAUAAAAUCAGGCUGGAUUUAGACCUGGUCGUGGGUGCACCGACCACACGUUCACCAUACGUCAGGUUUUAGAACACAGGCACGCUUAUCAGCGCCGGACAAUUAUAGGUUUUCUUGACUUAAAAGCAGCAUUUGACUUUGUAGAUCGAGAGGUUCUGUGGCAGUGUCUGUCAUUGAAAGGAGUACCUCAGUACAUAAGCCUUUUGAAGGCUCUUCACUCGAACACUACUAAUUACGUGAGAGCCUGUGGUGAACAGUCAUUUGAUUUUGCAACCUCAAGUGGUGUCCGUCAAGGCUGUCCACUAUCUUUAUUUCUGUUCAAUUUCAUCAAAGACCUACUGCUGAAAAUAACGUUUUCGUCGUCUGAAUGUUCGAGAAUCGAUCUCCUACCAGAAGGUUUGCUUAUUAAUUUGGAAUACGCAGAUGACAUAGUCCUGUUUGGUAAAUACGCUGAUGAAAUGCAAUCUUUAAGUAGCACUGAGCAACAAUGUUUGGGAUAUGUUUCGCCCCCUCUAAAUGCAGAUUGUUGCUUGAGGACCGACCUGCAUCAACACCCGAACUAAGGAUAGGAAGUGAAGUAGUCAAACGCGUCGACAGCUUCACUUAUCUUGGAAGUCUGAUCAGCCUCAAUGGGUUGGUGUCGGAAGAAAUAUCAGCACGGAUUCGUAAAGCUCGUUGGGCUUUUGCCAACUUACGUCACCUAUGGCGAAGGCGAGAUAUCCGUCUAUCAAUUAAGGGACGAGUGUACUGCUCAGUAGUUCAUUCUGCUCUACUUUACGGCUGCGAACAGUGGCCAUUAAGAGUAGAAGAUACUCGUAAGCUACUAGUAUUUGACCACAGAUGCCUUAGAAAUAUUGCAUGCAUCUACUGGGAUCACUGGGUAAUUAAUAUUGAGGUUAGACGCAGGAUAUUAGGGAAUGAUGGCAAAUCAGUUGAUGAGGUGAUGAGAUGACUACAACAAAGAUAAAGUAAAUAAGCACAUGUCAAAAACAAAUUGCAAAUGAAGAACGGAGUGUCUUAGAAAUAUUGAUCACGUUUCGUAGAACGACCUAGUAAGCAAUGCUGAUGUUGGACAAAUAAUAUCAGUCUAUGAAAUGAUUGACUGUCGGACUGAGUUGUAAUUUAUUUAUUUAUUUGAACACAUAAAUAUUGGUACAAGUGGGCACCAAAUAUAUAUGCGUCACACAAAAUAAUGAGAAUUC